UCACAGGAGGAAACUCUCUGCCGUUUCCCUAGUGGGUGCGUUUUUUCUCUUCAUAUACGCCCUGGGCACCACCUCCAGAGUAAGGUUGUCCUCGCCUGGUGACGGGGCGGGGUUGGAGGCUGGUGGCAGGUCCGGAGACCUGCAGGACGCCCUCAACCAGGGACAGGAUCCAUCCUACAGUCACACAUCAUUCUCCCAAGAACUGCCGGAAUCCAUACGUUUAAGAAGACAAUUUGUGGAAAAUAGAUUAAGUGGAUAUAAUAUUUCAAAUGAAUUAUAUGAAAAAGAGAGAAGAGUAAAUCUCGCAGUCGAUAUUUUAGCCAAGAAAAAGUUGAACAUUUCGUUAGAAAAUAGUAAAAUGAAAAACUUGCAGUUGGAAACAUCACUGUCAUCAUCACAACAUAAGAAAAUCCUAUUCUACGGCAGUUUUUUCUUUGGUCCAUGGGAAUCUUUUGUGGGGAAUAUGACUACUCUAGAGGAGAAUAACUGUCCGGAGAGUAAGUGUAUCUUCCUGUAUAACACGUCCCACCCUGAAGGUGCGGACGCCGUCAUCUUCCACCACGGGGUGUUCAACAAGGACAACGUCCCUGGCGUCCGUCUGCCCCACCAGCGUUACGUCUGGCUCAACUUAGAGGCUCCCAGUCUCAUAAACCUUAACAACACUCAACAACUGCAACACAUCGCAGACGAAAAAUGGUUUGGCGUGGAUGGGUUUUUCAACUGGUCUUACUCGUAUAACAGAGAGUCAGACCUUGUCAUGCUCUACGGCGGUCUCAGGUCUUUGAGAGGUGAGCCAGACCCGCCUCGCCCGGGUCUCCUAGACACCUCCGGGGCUACGUACACAGACUACAUAGCCGCUUUAGACCGCGGGGACCAGCUACUGCAAGACGACCCCGACCACCACUGGCACGCUUUCAUGUCUCGCCCCAAAACUGUGGCCUGGAUGGUGUCCCACUGUAGCACUGUGUCGGGGCGGGAGUUCUACGUGAAGGAGUUGCAGAAGCACAUGUCCGUGGACGUUUACGGCCUGUGUGGGGACCUCCGCUGCAGCAAGAACCACCAGAACUUGGACUGCUAUGCCGACGUCUUGAGACCCAAGUAUAAGUUUUACCUGGCCUUCGAGAACAACAUGUGCCAAGAUUACAUCACGGAGAAGGUGUGGUUGCCACUGCACCACGGGCUGGUGCCGGUGGUGUAUGGCGGGGCCAAUUACUCACUGUUUCUGCCACCUCAUUCUUACGUGGACGCCACGCACCUCACGCCGCCACAGCUCGCCAGCCUCCUCACCAGGUUGAGUAGCUCUCGCCAGCAGUACGCUCAGUACCACCUGUGGCGCCGCUACUGGAGGGUGCUGGUGAAGCCGCCCAUGUGUGAGUUGUGCUGGAAGCUUCAUCACAACCACAGCAGCACCACCUUGCACCAGCUGGGGGUGUGGUGGAGGUCCGUCAACCACUGCGUCACCCGCUACCCGGCACACCUCUACCCGCGCCGUCCCGAGCCUGACACCAGGAGCCUCACCCAGAAGCUCAGCGAUUCUGCUCACCUUCUCGGAGGACUCUUUCUUAAUGUAGCCCAAUCACUGCUUCCUCGUGUACAUAACCACUUAUAAACCAUGCACACAUACACAACUGUACAAGUGCAAGCCACGGAAAACGAGAAUAACCAAACGCAAUGUUAUGCACAUAAACAUCCGUGGACAUAACCAUAUAUACGUUUAUUACGCCUAAAGACAUAGACACACACACACAUGAGGAACUAUAUACACAAGCUAACAAACACCCACAUACCAGGAACGGUUGAGGGCCCUCAGAGUAAACAACGCUGAACACCAAGCAUGACAAUUAAACAUCUCAUCGUGAACACCAAGCAUGACAAUUAAACAUCUCAUCGUGAACACCAAGCAUGACAAUUAAACAUCUCAUCGUGAACACCAAGCAUGACAAUUAAACAUCUCAUCGUGAACACCAAGCAUGACAAUUAAACAUCUCAUCGUGAACACCAAGCAUGACAAUUAAACAUCUCAUCGUGAACACCAAGCAUGACAAUUAAACAUCUCAUCGACACCUUUCAAAUAAUUAAGUUAGAGCAUAUUAAUGUAACAAACACGCAGCAACGGUUUCAAGCCCAACAAGCCGCAAUGUAAGGCAGACAAUAGGUAAUUGUCCCCUAAAGUUUUAUAAACCCAUGGACCCGCCUACCCGCCCAAGCUGGAACAGCCAUCACAUUACUGCAGUUCUAAAUACAGUUGGAGCAAAUGCUCAUGAACAAUAUGGAGGGAAGUGGGGGGGGGGCUUUUGGAAAGUCGCGGGAUUCCUGUCCCCGUCCAGACCACUAAAGAGAUGGUGGCCCUCAGGUAAAUAGUGAACUAUGCUCACAAUCAACAAUAUGUAGGAUCCAUACACACAACAACACACAUAAAGAACCACUCACACACACACACAGUGCCCAAAUGAGCCUUAG